AUGUAUGGUGACAAAGCCUUGAAAGAAACACGUCAAAGUUGGUUUGUCAAAUUCCGUUUGGGAGAUUUUCCACUCAAAGACAAGCCACGUUCAGGUCGGCCAAGUGCAGUUGAUGAUGACGUCAUCAAGGCUUUAAUCAAAUCAGAUCAUCAUGUAACUGAGCGUGAGAUUGGAGAGAAGUUAAAUAUACCACAAUCAACCAUACAUGAUCAUAUACGACGUCUUGGGAUGGGUGUGGUAUAUUUUAAGCUGCUUAAAAGGAACCAAGCGAUUAAUUCGGAUGUCUACUGUAAGCAACUGGACAAAUUGAAUACAGCUAUCAAGGAGAAGCGACCAGAAUUGGUCAAUCGUAAAGACCGCACGCAUCUUUGGAAUCAGCUGCGAAAAGUCAACAUCGAAGAUCGACAUAAGGCCGAUCAGCGCAAGUUGCCAACCAGUAAAGACUUCAUGUGA